AUGCUCAGAGAAGAUCCAGUGAAUGACGAAAAUCCUCUGGGACGACCUAUCAGCGCAGAAGAAGCAUCUUGGGUUGAAUCACUGACGUCAAUGGGUGUACUUGCUGGUUGUUUAUUUCCAGGAUAUUUGGCUGGAAAAUGGGGGAGACGCGCAACUCUAUUAUCUAGCAUUGUACCAUAUCUUCUUGGCUGGUCAUUGGUUGGCGCAGGAAGAUGUAUAGAAGUUCUGUAUGCAGGGAGAUUUAUUUUAGGACUUGCAACUUCUAUUGCAUUCGCUGUAAUCCCGAUCUACUGUGGGGAAAUUGCUGAACCAUCAAUUCGAGGGAUACUUGGUGCACUAUUUCAAGUGUCUAUUACUCUUGGUGAACUAUGGGCAUUUUGUAUUGGUCCGUACGUUUCGUACGUAAGUUUAUGUAUCGCUUGUGCUGCACUGCCGAUCGCUUUUUUUAUUUCCUUCUACAUAAUGCCUGAAUCUCCAUAUUAUUUGGCGGCAAAAGAUCGCAAUGAGGAUGUUGUCAGAGUGCUGACAAGUCUACGCGGAAAGAGUGAGGAUGACGUUCAAAUUGAAGCGGACGAAAUCGAGGUAGCGGUACGACUAAAUUGUCAUAAAAAGGCGAUAUUCAUGGACUUGUUUAAGGUCAAGGCAAACUUAAAAGCACUAUUUAUUACAUGUGCUUUAGUAUCUUUUCAACAGAUCAGUGGCAUCGCUGUGGUUGUUGGUUACUUAGAAGUUAUAUUCGCAAGUGCUGGGAACACUGGUAUGAGUUCAGCGCUGGAAGCUAUCAUCGUGGGCGUAGUUCAGUUAUUGAGUUCGUGUAUCAAUCCGCUGGUUGUCGACCGACUGGGACGCAGAAUACUUCUGAUCAUCUCUGGUACAGGUUCCGCUCUAAGUCUUGGUGCGCUCGGACUCUUCUUUUAUCUCAAAGAUGCAGCAAAAAGUGAUGUCAGUGACAUUGGUUGGUUACCAUUAACUGCACUGAUUUUAUACAUCAUUACCUAUAGUGUUGGAUUGGGUCCUCUUCCUUGGACAAUUACAGGGGAAAUGUUUUCCUCAGAAAUUAAGGUCAAAGCGUCAGGAAUAACCGUCUUUACUUGUCUCUUUUUUGCAGUUAUGAUGAAUAAAUAUUUUAUUAGUAUUGCAACGGCAUUUGGUCACCACACCGCAUUUUGGUUCUUCGGAAGUUUUAGUUUUUUGAGCGUUUUUUUUACUGUUUUCAUUUUACCAGAGACGAAAGGAAAAUCACUUCAAGAAAUUCAAAACGAACUUGCAGGAAAAGCUCAUUAAUAAUUAAUUGUUUGAUGAAUUAUUUUUUAAUAAAGCUUUAAAUUUAAAUAUUUAAAAUUUACAUCACCACAAUUUUAAUUAUAAUCAACAAUUCUGCUAUUAAAACCGGAUUUUGAUAACUUUUUUAUUAUUAUAUAUCAGCACU